AUGACUAAAUUACGAAUUGCUGUACAAGGAUGCUGUCAUGGUCAGCUAAAUCAAAUUUAUAAAGAAGUGGCACGAAUUCAUGCAAAGACUCCCAUCGAUCUAUUAAUUAUUCUUGGAGAUUUUCAAAGUAUUCGUGGUGGUCAGGAUUUCAAAUCAAUAGCCAUACCACCCAAAUACCAAAGACUCGGUGAUUUUAUAUCAUACUACAAUAACGAAAUCGAAGCUCCUGUCCCUACUAUUUUCAUUGGCGGCAAUCACGAGUCUAUGAGACAUUUAAUGCUUUUGCCACAUGGUGGCUACGCAGCAAAAAACAUUUUCUAUAUGGGAUAUUCUAACGUUAUAUGGUUUAGAGGCAUAAGGAUAGGGUCAUUAAGUGGAAUAUGGAAAGAGUGGGAUUUUAAUAAGGAACGGCCAAGUUGGAAUGACCUAGAAAAUAACAAUUGGAAAGCUAAUAUAAGGAAUUUGUAUCAUGUAAGACUGUCUGAUAUUGCUCCCCUUUUUAUGAUAAAGCAUCGUAUUGAUAUUAUGCUGAGCCAUGAUUGGCCCAAUGGAGUCGUUUAUCAUGGUAAUGUUAAACACUUAUUAAAGUUUAAACCUUUUUUUGAACAAGAUAUUAAGAAGGGAGAACUGGGGAGUCCAGUGACCUGGCAACUAUUAAGAGAUUUGCGCCCUCAAUGGUGGCUGAGCGCUCAUCUGCACGUCAGGUUCUUGGCAUCCAUUAAACAUAAUAAAAGGAGCCAUCAAUCGCCAAACACGUCAACGUCAAGGACAAAAAAAAAUAAUAAUGAAAUUGAUUUAGAUUUAUCUAGUGACGAUGAUGAAAGGUGCGGUAUUGCAAAUGACCAGGAAGAGGAUGAGCGUGAUUCUAGAUACGACGAUACAAGGUUCUUGGCAUUGGACAAGUGCUUGCCAAGGAGACGUUGGUUAGAAAUUGUAGAAGUAGAACCGGAUACGUCGCAUGUUUCAUGGAAGGACAAGGAUCACCGUAUGUUCUGGGAUCCUGAAUUUAUCAAUAAUUUGGUGACUUGGCAAAAAAAUGAGAAUUUGCUGAGUAGUAAACCAUUUGACAGCAUCGAUUGGAUGGAACUAUCUCAAUCCAGAGAAAGGGAAGGUAAGGCUAUUGAUUGGGAAAAAUUUGCCAUUCCUGCAUACACUUUAGACAUCCAGAAAGAUGAGAUAGGACAGACUAAGGAAUUUAUCUCCAAAUUCAUGACUUAA